CACACACUGUUAACCCGGUGUCGGCACAAAGCUGCAGCUCUCCGCAACAUUAUUGCCCUUGUCGCUUGUUUGUGACGUCGGUGGCCGAGCUUUAUAACGUGACCUUGACGAGUUAAUUGAGUCGCCAUUUUUAAAGAGGGUGGCUCUAGCUUACGCCCGGCAAUGUGCCCUAUUCCAAGAUGGCGGCCGGAACUCUGCCCCACUAGAAGAUGGCCGCCGUGUUUCUUCCCGUCUGUCAAAUGGCCGCUGGUUCUCGGUAGAGGUGGUCACGUGGGUUAAGAAGCGCGUUCGCUCGGUGGUAUCCUGUCUUCCAACAAUAUGAACAGCGUGGGGGAGGAGUGCACGGACAUGAAGCACGAGUACGACCAGUGUUUCAAUCGCUGGUUCGCAGAGAAGUUCCUGAAGGGUGAGGGCAGCGGGGACCCGUGCACGGAGCUCUUCCAACGGUACCGGCUGUGCGUGCAGGUAGGGAGGACCGGGAGCGGACCGGGGGGACCUGGGUAUCGGUCGCCGUAUCUCCUAACUAUCCCUCUCUUCACACAGAAAGCCAUAAAGGAUAAAGAUAUCCCCGUGGACGGAGUAGACUUCAUGGGGCCAAACAAAGACAAGCCCGGGGCUGAGAGCUCGUCCUGACCCAGUGCGGGCCCCGGUACCGGAAUCCGCAGGGCCCCAGACACCGCGUCACCUUCAUUCACAUGGAUGUUAAACUAUUUUCUUAUAAAAUGUCCUCCUGUAUGUGAUCUGUAUCAGACUGCUCUGUGUAUCACACCCUUGGUUGGCCGGGUGUUUGGCCAUGUAUGUGUGGCUGGCGGGGUGUGUUUGGCCAUGUAUGUGUGGCUGGCGGGGUGUGUUUGGCCAUGGAUGGAUGUGUGGCUGGCGGGGUGUGUUUGGCCAUGGAUGGAUGUGUGGCUGGCGGGGUGUGUUUGGCCAUGGAUGGAUGUGUGGCUGGCGGGGUGUGUUUGGCCAUGGAUGGAUGUGUGGCUGGCGGGGUGUGUUUGGUCAUGUAUGUAUGUGUGUGGCUGGCGGGGUGUGUUUGGUCAUGUAUGUAUGUGUGUGGCUGGCGGGGAGUGUUUGGUCAUGUAUGUAUGUGUGUGGCUGGCGGGGAGUGUUUGGUCAUGUAUGUAUGUGUGUGGCUGGCGGGGAGUGUUUGGUCAUGUAUGUAUGUAUGUGGCUGGCGGGGAGUGUUUGGUCAUGUAUGUAUGUAUGUGGCUGGCGGGGAGUGUUUGGUCAUGUAUGUAUGUGUGGCUGGCGGGGAGUGUUUG